AGGGAAGCCUUUUAAAUAUAAGAAGAGCCAGGAGGAAACUGGGAAUCGUGCUGGAAUACUGCUGGGCACAGGGCAAGGAGGGCACAGGAGGCUCCCACCAUACAGCACAGUCUGGAUUGGAUUGUACAGGACAAAACCCUUCAUGGUGAACCCUGGGAAUAUGGGGGAUACAGAACAGGACCCUGCCUGGGAUAAUGCGGGAAGGCACGGAAAGUGUUGCCCUCUGCUGCUAUGGACAGUGGAUCCUUAAUUGUCCAGUUUUAAAUGACACUUGAAACCAGCAGACAAAAUGCUGCAGAAGGUGGUCUGUACUCUACUGGUCCCAGUUAUAUUGAUGAAAGUGAAUGCGUAUUCACCACCAGGAGAGCCAACUGUGACCCACUGCCGAUCCUAUGAGAAGGAAACGUUUACAUGUUGGUGGAAACCUGGGUCUGAUGGCGGACUCCCGACCAACUACACCCUACUGUACUGGACAGAAAAAAAUAAAACACAAGUUGAAUGUCCAGAUUAUCACACUUCCGGUCCUAAUUCCUGCUACUUCAGUAAAGCACAUUUCUCCAUCUGGAGGUAUUAUUUUGUCACCGUAAAUGCCACCAACGCUCUUGGGUGGAACGCAUCGGAAUUGAUUCAUUUUGAAAUAGUUGACAUAGUGCAACCUUACCCACCCAGAAACUUGUCCUUCUCCUAUGAGGGUAAUGAAUCCAACGUGCCCUAUCUGUUGGUGAAAUGGAACCGACCAGAGAAGGCUGAUGUUAAAGUGGGAUGGAUGACAGUAGAGUAUGAGGUCCGCCUUAGAGAGGAGAAAAAGCAAACAUGGGAGGAACAUCGUGUUGAACAACAAACCAAGUUGAAAGUAUUUAGCUUAACUCCAGGGAAAAAUUAUGUGGUCCAGGUGCGAUGCAAGGCCGAUACCGGAAAAUGGAGCGAGUGGAGUGAAGAGGGUUAUGUUCAGAUCCCUGGAGUCACAAAGAAACAUGAUCUGACACUCUGGGUAUCCAUCGCCGUGUUGUCUGUCAUCAUAUGUUUGACGAUGAUCUGGACAAUGGUGUUAAAAGGAUACAGUUGGAUGUCCUGUAUCUGUCCUCCUGUUCCUGGACCAAAAAUUAUGGGAUUUGAUACCCAGCUACUUAAGAGUGGAAAAUCUGAAGACUUGUUGGGUGCCCUUGGUUGCCAAGGAUUUCCUCCAACCUCAGACUGUGAAGAUCUUCUGGUGGAAUUCUUAGAGGUAGAUGACAGCAAAGAGCACCUCAUGUCCAGUCCAGAAAAAGAACUCCAAUGCCAACAUAUAAAAGUUUCCCCUGUGGAUACAGACAAUGACUCUGGCCGUGGAAGCUGCGAUAGCCACUUCGUUCCCUCGGAAGAAAUUAAAGACCAAAGAGUCCAAUCACAGGGUGUGGAAAGCAUCCCGAGUGGUGUCCGUGACCAUCUGGCACUAAAAUCUCCUUGGCCUCUACAAAGUAAAGCCAUGGACCAGCCAUUUUCUAAUUUAAAUUAUAACAAAUCCAGCGAUUGGUCUGAUGACAAAACAUCCAGCAACCAGUCCCCAAAAUCGACUUAUCACAAUUUUCCAGAUGUCUGUAAGUUGGCCCUCAGUGUCAUGAAUGCCAACAUGUCAAAAUUUGCAAUGCCUCAGGAAGACAAGAGGCAAGAUAUGUACUUUCAAACAAUAGAAAACAUCCAUGAGGGACACUCAAAUAAACAGAGUGACUUGGGAGACUUGCAUUCCAAGGGCGUUGUUGAGGCCGACAUGUUGAGUUUGUUACUCAACGAGAAGAUGCCUUCUCGAACAAUGGACUACGUCGAAGUCCACAAAGUUAACCAAAACAGUGCACUAGCAUUAAUACCAAAACACAAAGAAAAUAACAUUAUAACGGACCAAUAUUCUAUGCUGGUUCCGGACCAGGAAUAUUCAAAGGUAGAAAGGGUUGAGGCCGACAAUGCAUUAGUGUUAAUGCAAAAUCUAGAGCUUCAAGUAAGUCCGCUGAGCGGUGGAAAUGUCAUGAAGGAAUUUAUUCAGAAGCCCCAGCAAAGCCAAGCAGAAAAGCUCAUGGGCUUCAUAAAACCUGUUAUAAAUGAAGGUGAAAUGACAAAACUUGGAAUGGGUUACAUGGACCCAUCAAGCUUUUUCCCCUGAUCCUGUUGAAAGAGAACUAGACUCUUGCACACCGUGCAGACAGCCAUGUUAUGGCUCAACUGAUCUACGGUUCUCCAAGAACUUGAGUCAUCACGCAGUCACUUUAUCCCUUGAGCAUCAGUGAUGGUGAUAGUUUUGGUAUUGACUGAGCCUCUUAAAGGGCCACGGCAGGUAAUGGCAGUAGACAGAAGCUACUCAUUGGGUUGUCUACUCAUAAUUGCAUCAGGUAAUGUCAGGUCUUGAGAUGCGCAUCUAGCUUGGUGGUGUUUUUCCGCUUGGACCAUCAGGCUGAAUCCUUUUCCACUACUUUAAGGAAAAACAAAUAAUUUAAUGUGAGGAGAUUUUAGUUUUCUGCCUUUCGUGUGUUCUCUUGCUGUUGUUGUUUUGUUACUACCUUGUACUUUUGUCACUUAUUUUUGCAGCGUACACACUUUAUAUUCUAAAAUAUCCUAUAGAAAACCAGAUCAGAUCUAUUCUUUUAUAGUAGUAUGGUUAAUAAAUUCCAUGGGUGCUGGCAGAACUCCAUUGUUCCCAGUGGGGCAGGAAGGGGUGGAGUUGGCUGUGAAGGAAUUUUGUACAUAGUGUUCCCUUAAAGGGGUACUCUGUUGCUAGACAUUAAGAUGUCUGAUCGCGAGGGUCCUGUGUCUGGGACUCCUGCUAUCUCCGUGCACAUAUGGUGUUCAGAACAUUAUGUUCAGAACGCUGGGUUUGGGACGCCGUGGUCGUGACGUCAUGCCAUGCCCCAUCCAUUCAUGUCUAUGGGAGGGGGCAUGACGCCCUCUCCCAUAGGCAUGAAUGGAGGGGGCAUGGCGUGAUUUCAAGAGGGGUGUGGCGUGACGUCACAACCACGGCCUCCCAAAUCCAGCAUUCUAGACAUAAUGUUCAGAACACCAGGUGUCUGCACGGAGAUCGCGGGGGUCCCAGCAUCCGAACCCUUUGGAUAGGGGAUAGGUUAACCUGCCACCUGCUUUCUCCCCAUAGUAGUAUCAUCUUUAGCCUGUUGAAAGUUGUUAUCUGAUUGGUUAUCAGUAAUUUAAUGGUUUUAACAUUCAGCUUAUGGAGCUUAAAGGCAUGGCCAGUUUUAGACAAAGUGUGGCCCUGAGUAAAAUUAAAAGUGGGGCCCCAAAAAUGCUCCAAUAUUGUAUGAACAAUGCAAUAUUAGCAAUUAACAAUACUGCUAUUCCACAACCAAAUGUUACCUCCAUGCAGCGAUACAAUAUUAUUCCAUACUGUUACCGAAACAGUGUAAGACCAAUUUUACAAAUGAUACUACUUUUCAAGGCCCAUAUAAUACUGCCACAUUAUGACCUCUGCUAUUGCAUAGUGAACAAAUAAUAUUACCACACUGUUGCUGAAUAGAAUCCACUGUCCAAAAGUCAAAAAUAUUACCCCUAGUUACCCCUAAGGGUUGGGUCGCACACAGUGCAUCCGCUGCCUGGUUGAUUUCCCGCAGCAUGAAAUAUGCUGCAGAUGCGCUACAUGUGAUCCUACCCUAAAUUGGACUUAAAGUGAUUAUGCAGUGCCUCUCUCUUUUCUGCCCGAUCUGACAUUAGGCACAGAGGGGCAAUACUGUUCACCUGACAACUAUCCAGUAUAUGCAUUGUGUACCUGUCCUCAGGGCCGGUUCUGCCUAUAGGCAAAAUAGGCAGUCGCCUAGAGCGCCCUCUUUUUACAUGCCACAAAAAAGUUAAGAGAACCAGCAUCCGAACCACUUGCCCAGACAGCAGCAUGAGGAGGAGGUUUGUUACAGUGUGUCAAAGGGCGGAGCCAAUGGGUGGAGUCAAGGGAGAGGCAAAAUUAGCUUUUGCCUAAGGUGGCAAAAAUCCUUGCACCAGCCCUGCGUGUCCUAUGUUAUUUAACUGGAUAUGUGCAUAGUACCUGUCAAGCGCCUAAGCGUGCCAGUGUUCAAGAGCGUUGAACCCAGUGUGACAUCAGCAAAAGAGAGAAGCACUACAUAACCGAUAUGAUACCCAACAUACAGUAUUAAAAAGUAGCAUUUUAUAAUAUUUACACGGUAUGCAUACAUAAACAAACACAGAAUAUAUCGUAUAACAUACAAUAUACACACAAUAAGCACAUCACACAUAUAAAACUCAUCAUAAACACACCAACACACAUAAAUAUACCUACUCUUUAUGACAGCUAGCCGGGUCCAUAGGUGGCAAAUCAGCAUUGCGCCAAGGGUUGGAUAGCUAUGGCCCUUCUAGCCUAAGCAAAAUCCUGUGCAUUUGCUGGGCAGCGGCCCCUAACACCCCACCACCACCACACACAAGGGAAGAUAGACUCUCUUCAACCCAAGCACUGUGUACUACGAUGAGAUUUCUAGAAUGUCUAUGAUACUCAGGCUCUACCUGUAUCCUUUUAAGUGCUCUCAAUAUAUACUUUAUUCUUAACCUUAUAGAACCUUAUAACUCACAACAUACAUUGAAACUACCAGCUAGAUGUAUUUGCAGAAUAUUUUUAUAAGAUGUGUACUAUUAAGUGGAACUUACUUUAUAUUUCCUGUCCUCCAACUGGACAGCCAACUCAAGGAUUAUGUUUAAAAAAAAAAAAAAAUUGUUUCUAUAUAAUGUUGACCUCUAGUCUGCAUGCUGAAGAGAUAUGGAACUGCACUUUCCAGCAUGCCAUAAAUUGUGUUCUACUUCUGACUUGAGUCAGCUUUAGCAGCAGUGACAUCUGCUGGCCAUAAGAAGGUACUGCAGGGACUAGUCUUUUUUUUUUUUGAUCUCCAAGAACCUUGAAAAAAUGUUUGCACAGUAAAGGAAAUAUGUUGCUGUUUAGGAUUUUUUCUUACUUAGCAUACACUUGCAACUUUGUUACGUCAACCUCAUGUAGCUGGGAUGGGAUUGGCAGCACAACCACCCAUGAAGCUCCAGCAAUAUGGCUACUAUAAUAUAAUUCAGAAUGUUGUUUCGUUUCCAAUAUCCUCUCCAUUGAAUUUUGGAUCUUUUGUGCUGAUCUCGGAGCAAAGUAGCUGUUGUCUAACUUUGGAAUACGGUACAUUCUUUUCUCCUUAAAGGGGUACUCCGCUGCUUAACAUCUUAUCCCCUAUCCGAAGGAUAGGGGAUAAGAUGUUUAGCAGCAGAGUAUCCCUUUAACUUCUACUCCACUGAGCAGAUUGUAUUUGUUUUAUAUAUGUAUUCUCUAUUAUCCAAUGUUCUACAAUGGUUCUCAUACUCAGGCUCUACCUGUAUUCUUUUACAUGCUUUUAACAACCCUUUAAAGAAAAAUGUGAUGUCUGAUCGGUCAUCUGACAAGUGCCUCUUUCUGUGAUGCCGUUCUAACUCUUUUCAAGAAAAACCCCCAUAAAUUCUAAGCUAUCCUUAAAGCAAAUUCUGUUAACCCGGCAGUAAAGAUGAACGAAUCUCUUAGUUUUCGAUCCUGAUUUGGAGGUACCCCCGAUUGUCUUGCAAUUGGCUGCUUAAAAUAUGCACAGGAGCAGGGACUCCUAUCAAAGACAGGAGUCCCUGCUUCUGUACAUUCUACCGGUAGCGAGUGGGGGGUGUGAUGUAUACAGUGUCAGUGUUAUUACACUGAAACAAGAGCCAGAGUAGCAGAUUUUGCCGGAUCAUCAAAGUCCAAUGCAUACAACCAAUUUAGAACUUGUUCUUCACCACUGCCAAAAACUCGACCCAUAGCCUUACUAUAACCUACACUCAACAACCAUGUAGGUUAAAUGGUAUGAAGACUUUUGCAAUCCUUUUAUUGCCCCUCAACGCAUCUGCAAUGAAAAAUGAAGCAAAUUUCAUGGCAAAUUGUCUUGGUUGCAGACCUCCUUGUGUGUGUAUAAAUCCUAUGUAGACCCUUUACAGUCUCUUGGGUUACCAAGAUUAGAUGGCAGAUAAAAAGGAGGACAGCGAGACCACACAGGCUAUGUUUGUAGUCUGUGGCCAGAUGUAUAGGAACUUUUUACAGAAAACUGAGGGAUCCUUUCGACAUCGGCAAAGUUGCCUAUAUUUUGUACAUGCAUUUGGAGCAAUAAAAACACGGUUGGGAAAUGAAAUGAUAGAAUUUCAUAUUUAGAAUCUACAAAAUAAUUUAAUUUUUUAUUUAUGAAAUUUUUUUUUCAAUGUACUUAGUACAUAAAGAAACAAAAACAUCCAGGUUAAGUCACCCGUAGCCUACACAGCGAUAUAGCUGCGCUCCCUUCUGUAAGGAGCCGGAAAAUGUAACACUUUAUUUUACAGAUAUUUAUCUUUCACGAUACGUAGACGAUAUAUAUGUAAAUACAAAAGAUCUAUUUAUGGUACAGACUAUGAAUGAUACAGAGAUUAUUUUUUACUUGCCCUAGUCAUGCACCUUGUGGUAUUUUCUAUAAGCGUUGACGCUCUAUCUCGCAUCUGCUACAGUAUAAAUUGUCUAAAAUUAAAGGAAAAUUUGUCAUCCGUAUCACCCGCACUAACCUGCUAUACGGCCUUGUAGUGCGGGUGACACUGAUCACAACGAUACUUACCUCGUUUUGAUCUGUCGCUGCAUUCCGCAGUUAUUCCGCUUUUUCAUGGUAUGCUAAUGAGCUGCUUGGGGCAUGGGCGGAGCUGUGCUCGCUUUCCCGGACACAGUGACAACACUGCUGCAGGGUUGGCGCUCGACAAAGCGCAUCAAUAUUCGUAUUCCCCCUUCCCUGCUCGCUCUCUCUCUGACACAGUGGCGCAUGCGCCACUGUGUCAGAGAGGGAGCGAGCAGGGAAGGGGGGAAUAUGAAUAUUGAUGAGCCAGGCCAAGCAUGCGCCGGUGUCAGAGAGAGAGCGAGCAGGGAAGGGGGGAUAUGAAUAUCCCCCCCUCCCGGCAGCAGUGACAUCACCGUGCCCCAGAAAGUGAAUGUAGCUCCGCCCAUGCCCCAAGCAGCUCAUUAGUAU